AUGGGUAUCCCCGCGGCCUUCCGAUGGCUAUCCAACAAGUACCCCAAAAUCAUCUCCCCCGUGAUAGAGGAGACGCCCAUCACCACCGACGAUGGCGUUACCAUCCCGGUUGACACCACCAGACCCAACCCCAAUGGCGAGGAGCUCGACAACCUGUACCUGGACAUGAAUGGCAUUGUCCACCCAUGUUCGCAUCCCGAGGACAGGCCUGCGCCCGCCGACGAGGAGGAGAUGAUGCUCGAGGUCUUUCGAUAUACCGACCGUGUCGUCAACAUGGUGCGCCCGCGCAAGAUCCUCAUGAUUGCCGUUGACGGAGUCGCGCCAAGAGCGAAGAUGAACCAGCAGCGGUCGCGACGAUUUCGAUCAGCUCGGGAAGCCAAGGAGAAGGAAGAGGACAAGCAAGCGCUCAUCGAGUUGCUCAAGCGCCAGAAUGGCGGCGUCUUCGAAGCUGCAGACUCCGAGGCCGUUGUCAAGAAGGCGUUCGAUUCCAACUCCAUCACCCCGGGCACGCCAUUCAUGGAUAUCCUCGCCGUGAGUUUGCGGUACUGGUGCCAGUACAAGCUUAACACGGAUCCCGCCUGGGCUAAGCUGAAGAUCAUCAUCUCUGAUGCUACCGUGCCGGGCGAAGGUGAACAUAAAAUCAUGUCCUUCAUCCGAUCCCAGCGCGCCUCCCCAAACUACGAUCCCAACACCCGCCAUGUCAUCUAUGGCUUGGAUGCCGAUCUCAUCAUGCUGGGACUCGCCACGCACGAACCUCACUUCCGAGUUCUGCGCGAAGAUGUCUUCUUCAACGAAGGCAAGAACAGGGCUUGCAAGCUCUGUGGCCAAAAAGGGCACGAGGCAAACAACUGUCGUGGAACCGCAAAGCCCAACGAUAUGGCCGAGGGCGAUGAGCAAGCCAAGGCCGUGCAGGCCCCCCUGAAGCCCUUCAUCUGGCUGCACGUCUCUGUCUUGAGGGAGUAUCUCGCCAUCGAGCUGUCUGUUCCCGACCUUCCCUUCAGGUUUGAUCUGGAGCGGGCCAUUGACGAUUGGAUCUUCAUGUGCUGCUUCGUCGGUAAUGAUUUCUUGCCUCACUUGCCAGCUUUGGAAAUUCGCGAACACGGAAUCGACACCUUGACCACGAUUUGGAGAAACAGCUUGCCGUCCAUGGGCGGCUAUGUCACUAAAGAUGGUCACAUUGAUUUGGAGAGAGCCCAAGUCAUACUUGACGGCCUUGCCAGCCAAGAGAGUGCAAUCUUCAAGCGAAGAAAAGAACAGGAGGAUCGCCGGGAAGCUUCUUUCAAGCGCAGGAAGCUUCAAAACGAGGCCUACUCGAGGAACGGGCAAAAUGGCGCGUCCUCCAAGAUCAACGGACAUGCAGACCCGUCCAAGGGCCUGCAUCUCUUCCCCAUUGCAGCGCAGACUGCGAACUCGACAAACAAUCUCACCGUCACGCACGACAUGGUAGUCAGCCGCGGCGCGGUCCAAGAUGCGACGCUUGCCAAUAGGGGGGCUGCCAGCGUUAUCCGAGAUCGACUUCGCGCCGGGACGGCCAAAGUCGAAGACGCAUCCAGCGCCCCAGCGGACGCCUCAACGGACACAGUGGCAGAUGCUCCAGCAGAUGCUGCAGUCGACGCCCCAGCAGACGUCCCAGCAGAUAGCGCUCAGCAGACUCUCCCUUCGUCUCUUGGAAAGAGAAAGGCCCCGGAUUCCGAUGAGGUCGCCAACUCUUCUUCGGCCGAAUCAUCGAGCAACAAGCCCGUGGCACCACAAGAGGCUGAGCCGGUUGACAAUGUUCGUCUCUGGGAAGAUGGCUACGAAGAUCGCUAUUACCAGCAGAAGUUUGGCAAAGAUCCGCAAGACAUUGAAUUUCGCCACAAAGUAGCUCACGCAUACGUGGAAGGGUUGGCGUGGGUGUUGUUGUAUUACUUCCAAGGGUGCCCAUCCUGGGAGUGGUAUUAUCCUUACCACUAUGCCCCCUUUGCCGCUGACUUCAAAGAUCUCGCAAAGAUGGAAAUCAGCUUCGAGAAGGGACGAGUUUCCAGGCCGUUUGAACAACUGAUGAGCGUCCUGCCAGCGGCUUCUCGCCACGCUCUCCCCGAGGUAUUCCACGAACUCAUGACAGAGAAAGACAGCGAGAUCAUCGACUUCUAUCCUGAGGAAUUUGAGAUUGACCUCAAUGGAAAGAAGAUGGCAUGGCAGGGUGUGGCUUUGCUUCCAUUCAUCGACAUGAAGCGCCUCCUCAAGGCUGUACAAAGCAAGUAUCCGCUUCUAAGCCCAGACGACAUUGCACGAAACACGAUUGGCAAGGAUGUCUUGAUACUGUCCGACAAUCACGAGGGCCUCUACGACGACAUCUUGACCACAUUCUAUUCCAAGAAGCAGGACCGCUCAAGGCUCACCAUUAACCCAGCAAACAGCAAUGGCUUGGCAGGAGAAAUCGAAAAGCAGGAGGACUCGGUUCCUCACGGAGCCUUGCGCUAUCCGCUGGAGCGAAGAUCUAUGCCCGAUCUCGAUUACGACCAUUCCAUCAGCGUUUACUAUGACAUGCCCCAGGUAUCGCAAACCCACAAGUCAAUGCUAUUGCGCGGAGUGCGAAUGCCGCCUCCUGCCCUGACCAGGAGUGACAUUGAGGAGAUCCGAGGCAAAGCCAAUCGCGGAGGUCGCAACUACGGACGACCGUACGGCAAUAACAAUGGCCGACAACGCGGUGGUUAUUCUGGCGGCUAUAGAGACAACCGGGAGCCUUACAACGGGCGCGACAGGGACAACCAGCGCUUCCAGCAAUACCCCCCCAAUCAACCAUAUGGCAUGCCGCAACAGCCGCCUUUUGGCAUGCCGCCACAACCGCCUUUUGGCAUGCCACCACAACCGCCUUUUGGCAUGCCGCAACAACCGCCUUUUGGCGUACCGCAGCACGGUGGGUGGCAGCCGUCAACGGGGCCGGCGUUUGAUGGGAGAGGAGGCCCACCGUCAUACCCCAAUGCGCGAUACCAACAGGGCCGGUCUGACGGUAGGAAUGAGUAUCGCGGUCGGGGGAGGGGCGGAUAUAACUCCGGACCUCGGCCUCCCUAUCGCGGCGGCAACUGGCAAGGACGUGACCAUGCGUAA